UUAUCAGUUUGUGUCAAACAUCGUUUCGUGUUGCACGUAUGCCUCGUAUUUUUCGAAUUCGCGCUGAUCUUCACGAUCGUGCAUUGUAAAUAUAUUUACCACAAUUACGGCAUUGGAAAUAUUUUUUGAUAGUCCCUAGUGUAUCUCGGUUUAAGUGCAAUGAAUUGUGAUAAUAGUGUCCUCUUCAAUCACCAUUGUUUGAACAAUUGAAAACAAUCGUAUUGAGUACAAGUGCUUAAUUGGAAAAGAUGUAUAUCAUAGCUUUGUUGGCGUGUGUGUGUGCGUGCAACGCGUUGCGUGUGGGCGUUGGCAUCGCUGACGUCACAGGACCGCCGGCAGAAAUUAAUUUCAUGGGCUAUGCGAACUUUGAGCAAGUGGGCCACGGCAUACAUCUGCGUCAGUUCGCGCGCGCCUUCGUGUUUGAAGACGAAGCGAGCGGACAUCGCUUCGUGUUCGUAUCUGUAGAUGCUGCUAUGAUGGGACACGGUUGUAGGAAUGAGGUGAUAAAACGCUUGCAAAAGCGUUAUGGUGACAUGUAUUCAGAACAGAAUGUUAUCAUUAGCGGGACACACACACAUUCCACCCCUGGAGGGUUUCUGUUGGACUUCCUCUUUGACCUGCCCAUCCUGGGAUUCGUGAAGGAGACCUAUGUUGCUUAUAUUACUGGAAUUUUGAAGAGUAUAAUAAUAGCCCACAACAAGCUCACACCAGCUCGGAUGGAGUAUGGAGAAGCGGAAUUACUCGGUGCCAACAUAAACAGAUCUCCCACAUCCUAUCUACGAAACCCCCCUGAAGAACGUGCUAAGUACGAAUACGACGUGGACAAAACCUUGGCCCAGGUGCGUUUCAUCACACCGGACAACCAGAUCCUGGGCGUCAUCAACUGGUUCGCGGUGCACCCCACCAGCAUGAACAACACCAAUAGGCUAAUCUCGUCGGAUAAUGUUGGCUACGCGUCCAUACUGAUGGAGAAGGCGCUGAACGGAAACGAAACUCUACCUGGAAAGGGCCGCAUAGUGUGCGCAUUCGCGUCUACAAAUCUCGGCGAUGUGUCCCCCAAUACCAGGGGUCCCCGGUGCGAGUUCUCCGGUGACGUGUGCGAUCAGGAGUCACUAUUGUGCAAGGGGGCCAAGGAACGGUGCUUUGCGUCUGGCCCCGGGAGAGAUAUGUUCGAGAGCACCAAGAUUAUAGCCACCAAGAUGUUCCAGACUGCUAUGAAAGUUCUAAAACAGCCCGGAAUCGACCUCACUGGGCCCGUCGGCUUCGUCCAUCAGUUUGUGGAUAUGCCCAAGGAAGAGGUGGCCCCGUACGAUCCUGUUACUCAAACAUUUGAUACAAGCGCCAACGUGUCGGGCUGCGUGCCAGCGAUGGGCUACAGCUUCGCGGCGGGCACGACGGACGGGCCGGGCGCGUUCGACUUCCGGCAGGGCACCACCUCGCCCAACGCGCUGUGGAACGCCGUGCGGGACUUCCUGGCGCAGCCCACGCCGGGGGACGUCGCUUGUCACGCGCCCAAGCCGAUCCUGCUGGCUACGGGCCGGAUGAAGUUCCCAUACGAAUGGCAGCCGCACAUAGUGUCGUGUUCAGUGGCUCGCAUCGGAGGCCUGUUCCUCGCAGCUGUUCCCGGAGAGUUCACGACCAUGUCCGGGAGACGCUUGCGCCAUGUCGUUGGAAACGCUUCCGGGGCCAAGAAGGUCGUUCUUGCCGGACUGUCCAAUAUAUAUUCUGAUUAUAUCGCCACGCCGGAAGAGUAUCAGGCGCAGCGCUAUGAGGCCGCUUCUACAAUCUUCGGGCCGCACACCUUGGACAUCUAUCUGAAUAAAUAUGUCGAGUUGACAAAUGCACUCGUUAAAGGUGAGAGGGUGGACAGCGGGCCGCAGCCGCCGGACUUCAGCAACCAGCUGAUCACGCUGGUGCCGCCCGUGCUGUGGGACGCGGCGCCGUGGCGGCGCGAGUUCGGCGACUGCGUGCGCCAGCCGCUGCCCGCCUACAGCUGGGGGGACGUCGCCUCCGCUACCUUUGUAUCCGGGCACCCUCGUAACAGUAUCCGUCACGGCCGCUGGUACGCCAGCGUGGAGCGGCUGCAGUCGGAGGAAGAUGACGCUUGGGUCGUCAUAGCAACGGACGCUGAUUGGGAGACCAAAUUCACAUGGAUACGUAACUCUAAAGUUCUAGGCACCAGCGAAGCCCUAAUAGAAUGGGAAAUCCCCGAAGGCACCCCCCCUGGGACCUACCGUAUACAUCAUUAUGGCAACUAUAAAUAUAUUCUUGGGGGUAUCUACCCGUACCAUGGAUUCUCAAACUCCUUUGAAGUUACAUAAUAAAUAAAAUGUUCUUAAAUCAAAUUUUGCAAUGAUAACCCAGUGUGGUGAAACUUUAUUGUAAUUAAGUCUGUAACAGAGAUGGCAAUACGGUGUGAGUGAGUUAGCAUGCUUUGGUUGAUUCGUUUGUCUUAGUAUGUAGGUUUCGGAGGUGUUUUACGGUUGGUGGUUUCAGGGCCGUGGCAAUAUUAUGUAUUAAAUAGAAAUUGUUGAAAAGGAUCCAUGGUUAUUUAAACCAUAAAAAGUCCAUUAAACAUACAAAAAUGGCAAUUUAAAUGGGCAUAAUUUUAUUAUUUACAAAUAAUUUGUGAAGGGAUUUAACCAAAAAUAAGAAAAAUCAAACAUUAAAUAUAAAGAUUUAUUGCCAUAAAAAGUACUACUUUAUUUAAUAAUUUAUUGCAUUGAGGUUAUUCGGCUAUGAAGUUAGUCACUAAUUAUAUAAGUAGACUUAUUUCCUUUACGUAUUUUUUAAAUACAAGUUUUCGCCAGUGUUGAAUAAAAUAGAUUUAAUUGUAUCUUAUUCUUAAGUCCUUGGCUUGAUGGUAAUUGUUUAUUCCUUUUUAUUAGAUCACACGUAUAUUCGUAUGUAUAUUUAUUAGGUACUAUGUGAUAUUGUAUGAAAUAUAUAAUACGUAGGUUUCCGUUAUAAAUUAACUGUUGCAUAGUAUUUUUAAUAUUAAUUACAAUAUUUUUUUUACUUUUUGAUCUACAUUGUAUAUUUCUAGAUAGCUUUAAUGUCUAACAUUGGCCAAAGAAAAAUAAAAAUUGGCUUAUAAUACGUAAUAUAAAAUUGUUUUAAAUUCGUUUAAUCGACCUUUCAUUUUGUUAUCCAGUGAUAUUGUUUUAGUCCCAUUCAUUAUACAUUUUAAGAAACCAAUUUUUAAUUGUAACUCCACACUAAAUUUUACCAUUGAAUUUUAUGCAAAAUUAUAGGGGAAGUUAUAAGACAUUUUAGUAUAGUCUAUGCAAAUAAUUAAAUACAGAAUUGGUUAUUGUAAAGGGGCGUAUAAAGAAACGAGACAGGAAAUAUGAAGUGCUUUUGAACAAGCGAGAAAAUUGCAAUGCCAUAAAUAUUGUCGUUAUUCGUAGUGUAAUGUUUUACACAAUAUUUGAAAUGUGAUCGCACUAUUCCUAGUUAAAAAUAAGAGAGCUUAUGAACACUUAUUAUAUUUUUAAUUGUUAAUAUAAUUAUACACAGACGUAAUUCCUUGCCGUGUUACUUUAGUAUGAAUAAAUUAUUUACGAUUAUUAA